UCUUCCACUUGUGAUACUUUUUUGUUUGCAUUUUUUAAUGAUGUCGAAGCAAUUUGUUGGUUUUUCUGACGAUGACAUCUACAAAAUUACUCGUCAAACAAAUGGCAAGGAUACUGCCAAGAACCUUUCGCGACCCCAUCAGAAGCCAGUGCGGCUUGGCGAGACAAAACCUCCCGCCCCGAAAUCUGUUCCCCCUAAGGAGCAUGUGCAAACAAAUGUCGCCGACAGCAGCACAGCCACCAGUUGCGUUGAUUCUAGCAUCUACCCAAACCACCCAAUUCAACAGGCUGUUGCAUUCAAACCACUUCCCACCAUGAUGAACGCACCGGAGGAUGAAUCCAUUCUGAUACUGCCGAAGAAACCAUCGACCGGUUCAUCCGAAGGCGCCAACGUAUUUUUGGUAUCCAAUAUUUCCAUACUGGAAGGUAUGUCUGCUUCCACACCGAUGGCGAAAGCGAUGCCGGACUCAACCAACACUCCCUUCAGAGGUAUGUCACUGAAAGACUUCGAACAACAGCGGAAGCUUAUGCAGGAACAAAAUCGGCAGAAGCGUGAUAUGCUUCAAAAAGUGAUUGAACAACAUACACAAAAGACGGCGGCAGAAGCGAAUAAAUUACAGGAAAUCAAAUCUGAACUAGGUAAACUGGAAUCGGAGCUUGCCACUGAUGUAGCCAUCCUCAGAAAGCAGAUUGAUGCUGCCAGCUUGCAUUUCUCCAACGUUGAGAAGAACUACCUUAACAUAGAGAAUCUAUUCCUCAAGGCAAAAGUUGAACUUCACCAGGCUCUCGAACGGAAAGAGUUGUUAACGGAACACUUGUGUACCAUUAUUUCGCACAAUGAAGAACGCAAGGCAAAGCGGCUUUCCGAACUGAUGGACAAGGUUGGCCUAUCCUUGAAUGGAGACUAUGACGAUAGCAGUAUUAACAGCGAUGAGUCUUCAUCCAAAGUAUCAUCCGCUGGGGAAACAUCGCAAAAGUAAUUCGGAUAUCAAAAAUACCUUAACGUGACGUACUAACUAGAUACCGAUAUGCAACAAUUAACCAAAAAAUACGCAAGCAAUAUGUGAGUGAGAAUUAAGCCUUUAAACUGUUAGAAAAGGUUCUACUACUGCUGUCAUGUGUCUGUUUUUAUCCUAACUAGUAGAUCCAGUACAACUAUUCCGAAUCUUUUGACAAGUAUUGCUAUUAUAUAUUGCUCACCUAAAGUUUAUCUACUGCGAAUAUUUUUAUUUUCGUUUUAAACAUCUGUUUAAAUAUUAUUAAUAACCAGUAAUGCCACAUUAACAAUGAACACAAAAAAAGCAAAUACAAAUACAAAUUAUUGAUAGAUCGUGAACAUCCUUAUCUAGGUGCUGAAUGAUAUUUUAUUUUUUACAUAAGUAUAAUAAUGACAAUAAUAGCGAUAGCAGGAGCUUAGCACUACGUUACAUUUUUACAAUUUGUAUGCGUAUAACAUUUACA